AUGAUAGGUGUUAGCUGGAAUGUGCGGGGACUGGGGAACCCGCAUAAUUUCAGAGCCCUGAAGAGAUUUCUUCGGGCAAAAGACCCCUAUUUGGUUUUUCUGAUGGAGACAAAGAAGUCGAAGGCAGAAAUGACCGAUAUUUGCUAUGAUUUAGGAUUUGGUGGUUGUUGUGUAGUGGGUAAGGUAGGUCGAAGUAGUGGAGGUUUGGCUAUGUUUUGGAGGAAGGGUUUAGCGGUGCGACCUCUGGGAUCUUCAAUGGGACAUAUAGAUGUGGAAGUACAACUUGAUUCAGGACUAGUUCGUAUUUCAGGGUUCUAUGGUAAUCCAGAGACUAGUAAUAGAUGGGCUUCAUGGGAAUUGCUACGCAGGAUUGCAGCUUCGGUUGAAGGGCCUUGGAUCACUUUUGGGGACUUCAAUGAAUUGAGAGAUGCAAAUGAGAAAAAAGGUGGUUCAGACCGAAUAGAGUCCCAGAUGCAAAAGUUUGUCGAAGCAAUUGAUGAUUAUGGACUCCAGGAUGUGGAGGUCUCAGGUCCUUUGUUUACAUGGAGAAGGGGAGAUUGGAACGUCUUGACAGGAGUUUGA